AUGGAGAGAAACCUAGAGAAAAUAGAAGAAGAAGAAGAAGAAGAAGAAGAAGAAGAAGAGUUCAGUGGGGCGGGGGACCCAAUUUCUGAGUAUGGUAGCAGCACCAUAAUCAGUAAUAAUAAUAAUAAUACUAGUAGUAAUGGUGUAGCAGCAGUUCAUGCGAGAGGGCAAGUAAGAAAGCAGCAGCAGCAGCUACGGGGGGAGGGUGCCUCUGCCUCUGCCUCUAGCAGCAUCAAUAAUAAUAAUAAUAAUGUAUUCAGCAGCCGCAGCAGCAGUGUGAGGCGGACGGCGUGGUGGUGGUGGUCGGGGUCGGGUUUGAGUAGUAAUGUCCGUCGUCAUCAUCAUCAUCAUCAUGAUGUUCAUGUGCAGAGAGGGCCAAGGAUGCGCAGGUCCCGGCGCUCUACCUUGGCCCUGGACGCCCUCACUUUUCCUACCUCUGGAUCCCACCCACCGCCCCCGCUACCAUCCCCACGUGAAAUCGAUCGUUCGAAACUCUGUUAUCUUUUCAAGAAGCAGCUGAAGAAUAGUGACGUGAAUUCCCUGGGAAGAAUCAUCCUUCCUAAGAGGGAUGCAGAGGCUCAUCUCCCGGUGCUUGAGGCCAAGGAGGGGACAUGUAUCAUCAUGCUUGAUAUGGAUGCUACUCAUCACUGGCGCUUCAAGUUCAGAUACUGGCCAAAUAACAACAGCAGGAUGUACGUGCUUGAGUCCACUGGGGGCUUCGUCUCUACUCAUGGCUUGGCAGCUAACGACUACAUUCUUGUGUACAAGAAUGUUGAGGACGGGCAACAUGUGAUUGAAGCAAAGAAGAAAGAAGAAUAUGAACAAGUGGUGGGGAAGGUAGGAAGUGAGUUGGAGUUGGAGUUGGAGAUGGAGAUGUUUGCUGCAGCAGCAGGAGCUGAGGUGCCUUCUCUGGUGGGCAUGGAAAUCUUAUACCAGUACAGCGCUGCAUUCCUUGAUGAUUCCCCACUGAAUUACACAGGAGGUGGAGGUGAAGCCGAAGCUUUACAGCCCAUCCUCAACUUACCCACAAUCCCACCACCCCCUGCUGAAAACUACUACUACAACCACAACCACAACCACCAAGAAGAAGAAGACUUCCAAAGCUAAAACAACUACAGAUACGAUCAAUGACAGGGUGGGGUGGGGUGGGGUGGAGUGACAUGGUCAUAUUUAAAUACUGUCAAUAUAAUAGGUAUAUAUCUAUUAUGAUGAUAGGACUUUUUUUCGGUCUAUGGCUGGUUAGUUUUGGGGAAGCCACGGACCCCGCCAUGCCAACAUCACUUUGCGUAAUAGUAGUAAAUGCAUCCAUAAAAUAACAAAGACAUAGGAAAGGGAAAGGAUGGAUGAUCAUGGGAGGGCCGCUUAGCUUAAUUCACAGAAAGAAUGGAAGAGAGGCUGGCGGAGGUGGUAUGUAUGUAUGUAUGUCCCUCCAUCCUUCUCCUCAUCCAAAGUUGACUUUUUGGGGCUACGUAACAGACAGACAUGCAUACAUAGAUAGAUUAGAUGCCAGCCAACAUGACGCAACCACAACAGCACUUGCCAAUUGUAUAACUCACUAGUUGAAACCCCACCCCACCCCACCCCCGCCCCCCCUUCAAACAGUCAGUCCGUCAUGUAUAAAUGAUGGAUCCAAAAAAACAAAAACCCUCAAAUAUUUCAUUUGAUUCAUCAGCUGCAGCCCAAAGGCAACUGUAAAUCUUCACUGGCAAUGUUUUACAUUUUCAUCCGAAUUAUUUUUAAUUGUUUACCAGUCAGUCAACCGGUUCCUAACAAAAAAAUCAUUUCGGCACUCUCCAGUGCUCUCUCAAAGUAUCAUUUAAACUGGAAAAAAAUACCACUAGUCAUUCAUUACCUCAUGCUGCUCUCUCAAAGUCUCGUUUAAACUGGAAAAGAAUACCCCUAUUCAUUCAUUACCUCAAGGUGCAAGCAAGCAAAUCAACCGCUUCCAUAAUUAUUCCCCAACCCCACUUUGGAGAAGGUUUCAAUGCGUUAUAUAUUCAAACUUUGCAUCUGGCUAUGCUUUUGCUGCUUCCGGGGCAGCCACAACUGGCGCAGGAGCAACACCACCAGUAGUUGGC